UACCUUGCCCUGCUUUCUCCCUGUGCUUUGUGGAUGAUGUCAUAGCAAAGCAAGGAGGAACAUUGAUCUGAGACCAGUGCUGGCUCUUGAGUGUGAUGAACAGAUUGAGCAGAAAGGAAACAAGACUCCCCCCUCCCUUCUCUGGGCGGGUGACUACUAAUCGCCAAUAAAAGUAGCCUAUGCUCCCCCCUUUAAAAAAAAAAAAGGGAAAAGUUUUUCUGUUGACUGCUGGAAACGAAUUGAGCAAUUAUCUAGUUUACCUUCUCCUCUUGGAAGUUAACGAUUGGCGAGAUCUUUACUGCGUUAUUGACACAACACAUCCCAUUGAGCAGGCCUGCUAGCAAUAAGUAGUGAUUGCUCGGGUGUCAUUGCUGCUCCUCCAUGUAAUGUGAAAUGGAUUGGCACCUGUCCACUGGGCUGCUUGUGGUUGGAUUGUAUAGCACCACCAUGAUGAUGAUGAGGAGGACGAUGAUGAUAAUCACUGCCCCACUCCCUGCGAAUCACUGACAAGAAGGGAAGGUGGCGUCUUGAGAAGAAGACAUCUCCUUCAGCAAGCCAAGACAUGGACAAUAGUAUACAGCACAGAUCUUCUAAAAUUCUAACAAGAGAGCAUCUAUCCAGCAGAGUCAACAUGAUCAGCACUUCCAAGCCGCUGGCUUUUUCCAUUGAGAGGAUAAUGUCAAGGACUCCAGAGCCCAAAUGUCUGCCUGUGCCCAGUUUACUGCAGAGCUCAAUGCACAAGGGGGAUCAGAAGCAAGCUCUCCAUGUCAGCUCGUCCUCCAUGCCAUGCAUGAUCCCCUUUGUACCUGUCACUUAUGACCAUUGUCCCAAGCUUGGCAUCACUGGUGCUGAACUCAGGAAGAGCCACCAAGAGCCAUCCUCCUUCAGCUGCAAUGAGCUGCUCAAUUGUGCUGUGACUUUUAAAGGAGAUUUCCCCCGAGAUGCCUUCUCCCUUCCCCAGUACAAACUGGUCCGACCUCGAGUGGUCAAUCACUCUUCCUUCCAUGCCAUGGGGGCAGCUCUGUGCUACUUCAACAGAGGCGAUGCCCCCUGCCACCCUGCUGCCAGUAUAAACAUCCAUCCUGUCGCCUCCUAUUUCCUGGGCUCCCAGCUGCACCAGUCUCCUAAGUCCUACCUGGCAGAGAGGAACAAGUUGGUGGUCCCGUCUGUGGAGAAGUACUCAUCGGGGGUCUCCUUCAAGGAUCUGUCUCCAGCCCAGUUUCAGCACUACAUGAAGGAGAGCGCACACUCUCUCUCCGACAAGAUCGCGUAUAAAUCGGCCGCCAAGUACGCCAGCUCUUCCCCAAGCAGCAAGCCAAAAGUUUUCACCUGCGAAGUUUGCGGAAAGGUGUUCAAUGCCCACUACAACUUAACCCGACACAUGCCGGUACACACCGGGGCCAGGCCGUUCGUCUGCAAAAUCUGCGGAAAGGGCUUUCGCCAGGCUAGUACGCUGUGCCGCCACAAGAUCAUCCAUACACAGGAGAAGCCACAUAAGUGUAACCAGUGCGGCAAAGCUUUCAAUAGGAGUUCCACGCUGAACACGCACACGAGGAUCCACGCAGGAUACAAGCCUUUCGUCUGUGAAUUCUGUGGCAAGGGCUUCCACCAAAAAGGUAAUUACAAGAACCACAAGCUCACUCACAGCGGGGAGAAGCAGUUCAAGUGCAAUAUCUGUAACAAGGCAUUUCAUCAGAUCUACAACCUGACCUUCCACAUGCACACCCACAACGACAAGAAACCCUUCACCUGCCCCACCUGUGGCAAAGGAUUCUGCAGGAACUUCGACUUGAAGAAACAUGUGCGUAAACUGCAUGAUAACAACACUGGAGGGGCCUCAGGGUCAAGUCCAGCUGGGCAGGAGGAGUUGGCAAAUCCUUCCAGGGACCAGCCUUCCAGAAACCAGAGCCCCAGCUUGCAAAAAGGCAUUUACUGACACUUACCUGUGGACACCUUUACCCCCAUCUCACUGAACAUUUUCAAUGCACAGAAGAAAAAAAGAUUUAAAAUCCAUGGGAGACUCCUCUGGUGUGAACAUCUUGGAUCUGAGGUUGGUCCAGGGGCAGUGUAUCUAUUGGGAGGGACGGUAAUAAAAUGCCAACAACCCCAUAUACAGCGCCACCAGCUUACAGCCAAAAAGGGUAAUGGGAAAGAAUAUAGGGGUAGCCAUGGUUCUGAACACAGCUUUAUCCUUCUGGUUCCCAACCUCAGGCUCAAGUCGCCCCAACAGGUCAUGCUUUCAGGAUUUUAUUUUUCACCUUGAACAGGUGCUUAAAAUCACAGCCAAUGGCUUGGUAUUUAUGACAGUUUCUAUAUAUAGGGGGCAAUUCUAAAAACGUUGCCUGUUGGGGGUACUUAAGGACAAAGGUUGGGGGACCACUGCCCUACAGGAUCUGUUUUGGAAAACUGUAGGGAAAUGUGUAAAAAUGGUUAUUUACAGGGGCUUAAGUCAAUGAUACUUUAACAGAGGUUCUAUAGUCACCUUACUGAGUAACAAGUCACCCUAAUGAGGACUCUUCUGCCCCCCUUUCCAUAACUUCCCCCCUCCAAUGUGCUCUGGGAUAACACGUUUAUACUAUCUUUGUUGCUGUCCUGGGGAUGCUUGGCUCCUACCAACGUUUUGCAUGCACCUAAUAUUAUUUGAGUAUUAUGCUCUAAUUAUUUCUUCAGCGAUUUAUUCUUGAACUUUUUUUGGUGUGUUUUGUAAAGGUUCUAUAUUGCUGUCAUCACAGCCUUGCAGAGUUGAACAGAUACAUUCUGUAUAUUUGACGUAUUUAUUUGGAUAUGUAUUAUCCUUUAAGGAAUGCUGCGCCAAUUUAUUAAUUCUAUUUAUUGUAAAUAUAUACAUACAUAAAAGUUUAUAUCUGUUGUGUUUGUCCGAUGCCGUCCUAUUUUUUUUUUUUUACUGUUGUUUGAGGGUGCAGAGUAACUUCUAUAUUGAUAGAGCGUUUAAACAUAUGUAUAAGUUUUAUUCUUGCACGUGAAAAUAAACGAUUUAAUUGUGGUUAUUAAUACAUGGGGAAGUUUUAUGUUUGUGGACUAGAUUUACCGAGGAAAUACAAGUGCUAGGCUGAUUCCUUCAACGUAUCAUUCCAUUUAUCUCUAUUGGGAACCUGAGAUAUAGGUGAAAAUAAAUAUACAAUUGAUGCCAGGUCCUUGAAUUGUAGGAAGUGUUAAUCAGCAAUCUGCUACACUCUCAGCAUCGCUUUCCACGUUCAACGUCGCUUCUUUUUCUUGCCAAAACACUGAAACAAGUGACAUCAAUUAAGAAGGGUAAUUAGUAGAGAUUUAUCAAAGGCUGUCUGUCAUUCUAUUAGCUUGUCCCCCUUGUUUGGUGCCAGCAGCGCCUUUACACUGGAUUGGGAAAGGCAGGAGAGCUUAUAUUACUGCAUUGUAAUUCUUGACAGCUGUACUACCAACUAGAUGGCCAUACACUAUACAGCCUAAUUGUACAAUCUCCAACUAGGCAAGGACCUGUCUGAUUUGAUAAUAAUUGAAUUGUUUGGGGUUGUCCCCAUAUUAUAUAAUUAUAAAUCUAAAGAAGAUUGAACAGUGUGUGUAGUACAUCAGCCAUGGCACACAGGAGUUUGCUGAAAAGUCUUGUCCCAGGUGAUACAUUACAAUAUAGAGAGUUGGAUGUCAUCAUAGCCCAGAAUAGUAUACCCAGCAGACAGAUAUAGAUGAUCUCACUCAUCAUCUACACCAGCUAUCGAUUUGAUUACCUAAAAUUCACACACCGACCAUAUGGGCAGAUCCUGCCAACAGAUCUAUUGUUGCAAAUGUGUUCAAAAACCCUACUGAAAGCUUCUAUUCUCUAUGCCUUAACGCUGAGUGAUAAGUUGUUUUCAUAAUUUUCAUAGUUUUUUGGUAGUUUUUAUGAUUGCAGUUACUUAUAUUUUUUCUAACCGGUCAAGUCUGGUUGGAAAAAAUAUAAGUAACUGUAAUAAUCUCAGUGUGUUGGCGGCAAUAACGGCAAAAAAAUAAAAGGGACAGGACACUAGCUUUGGAAAUUUGAAAGGAGACACCUGUUGUAAGAAAAUGCUGGAAUUAUUGGGCAGAUUUUAAGGCUCCAUGCACACUGGACUUAAAAAACGUUGAUUCUACAGGCGUUUGACGUUUUUUCCUCCUGCCUCUAGAAGCACUUUUAUUGUGCUCUAUGUGUCUUUGCACAUUAUUGACUGCUACAGGCGUUUUCUGUCAGGGACGUUCAGAGGCAGGAAAAAAAAA